AUGGCGCCCAACCAAGGCCUCGUCCACCUGAAGGAGUACGACAUCAAGGACUCCAACGUCGAGCUCAUCGGCACCGACAUCGACCACCAGGUCAAGUACAACUCGGCCGCCACCGAGCCCGCCUGGAACGACGGCCGCGUCGGCGUCGAGCCGGGCCUGCUCGUCUGGCGCAUCGAGGACUUUGCCGUCGUGCCCGUGCCGCCCGCCGACUACGGCAAGUUCUACGACGGCGACAGCUACAUCGUCCUGCACAGCUACCGCGUCGGCAAGGAGGGCGGCGAGGCCAGCAAGCUCGGCCACGACAUCUUCUUCUGGCUCGGCGCCCACACCUCCCAGGACGAGGCCGGCGUCGCCGCCUACAAGACGGUCGAGCUCGACGAGUUCCUGCGCGGCGCCGCCACGCAGCACCGCGAGCUGCAGGGCAGCCCCUCGGACGAGUUCGCCGCCCUCUUCCCGCGCAUCACGGUGCGCGCGGGCGGCGUGCAGUCUGGCUUCCGCCACGUCGAGGCGGACAAGCGGGAGGCCGUCGCGCCCACGCUGCUGCGCGUCUUCACCCACGGCCGCUCCGUCGUCGUGCACGAGGUCGAGCCCGCCUGGCAGAGCCUCGACGAGGGCGACGUCUUCGUCCUCGACGUCGGCGACAAGAUCUGGGUCUGGCAGGGCGCCGGCUGCAGCCCCAUGGAGAAGGCCAAGGCCGCGCAGGUCGUGCACGAUAUGACCCUGGCCAAGCACGUCGACGUCGAGGUGCUGGCGCAGGCCGAGUCGCGCUCCCGCCUCGUCGUCAGCCUGCUCGGCGGCAAGGACGACGCGCCGCACUCGGGCUUCCGGCACGCGCGGCCCGUGGCCUCGGCGGCGACCCGCGAGUCUGGCGGGGCCAAGAAGCUGUUCCGCCUUAGCGACGCGUCUGGACAGCUUUCUUUCAGCCUUGCCAAGGACGGCCAGCCGUCGCAGCGGGAUCUGGACGGCAACGACGUCUUCAUCCUUGAUGAUGCCGGACGCGCCAUUUGGGUCUGGGAGGGCAACAAUGCUAGCAGGGCGGAGAAGGCUUCUUGGCUCAAGGUCGCUCAAGCCUAUGUCCGGAGGCUGCAAGAAGAUUCUAUGUCUGAGGCAUAUCUGACGCCCAUUGCCAAGGUGCGGGAGGGUUACGAGAGUCCUGCUUUCUUGAGGGCUAUUGCGGUAUAG